AUGUCGCAUUUAAUAUGGUUUGCAGUGUUGUUCGCAUUGGCUGUAGUUAUACAAGCGAUACCCCAUCCUCCUGCUACUACGGCAGCUCCUUUGAAACAAACUUAUGAUAAUAAAUUCGAUAAUAUCGAUAUUGAUGAGAUUUUGGGCCAGGAACGUUUACUCAACAACUACAUCAAGUGUUUAGAGGGUUUGGGUCCCUGCACUCCCGAUGCCAAAAUGUUGAAGGAGACUCUUCCCGACGCUAUAAUGACCAAUUGCGCCAAAUGCACGGAACGUCAGAAAUACGGUUCGGACAAGGUGACGCAUCAUCUUAUAGACAAUCGUCCCGCGGAUUGGGUACGUUUGGAGAAAAUCUACGAUCCGGAGGGCUCCUACCGCAAGGCCUACUUAAUGCAGAAAGAGAAUACUACUACUAAAGAUGAUAAUGCCUCCAAGGACUGA